GACGCCGGGGUCCCGAAGCCCGGCGCCGGAGCGAGCGAACCAGCGUCGCGGGAGGACCGGGAAGGAGGAGAACAGCCGGAGCUAGCCGAGCUGCCCACAAAGUGCGAUGCCCCGGCGGGGCUAGGGCGCGCGGCGGCAGGCGCGGCGCGGAGGGAGGACGCCCCGGAGCUGCGCGGCGCUGGGCGGCGCGGAGGGGCAGCCCCAGCGGGCGGCGGCGGGCCCGGGCUGCGACCCGAGCGAGCCCCAUGCCCCGCGCGGGCUGACGGGCCGGAGCCCGCACGGAGCGGCCGGGCCGGACAGGUCCCGCUAGAGCGACAUGAUGGUGGAAUCCGCCUCGGAGACAAUCAGGUCAGCUCCUUCUGGUCAGAACGGUGUGGGCAGCCUCUCCGGGCAGGCCGAUGGCAGUGGUGGCGGCGGCGGGGCAGUCGCUGCGGGCACCGCUGGAGGCGGCGCAGGCAGGGACGCAGCGGCGGGAGCGGACAGCAACGGCGAGAUGAGCCCUGCGGAUCUGCUGCACUUCCAGCAGCAACAGGCUCUCCAGGUAGCCCGGCAGUUCCUGCUACAGCAGGCCUCAGGCCUGAGCUCCCCUGGGAACAAUGACAGCAAGCAGUCAGCCUCAGCAGUACAGGUGCCGGUGUCGGUGGCCAUGAUGUCGCCGCAGAUGCUUACCCCCCAACAGAUGCAACAAAUCCUGUCGCCCCCACAGCUGCAGGCCUUGCUUCAGCAGCAACAAGCGCUCAUGCUCCAGCAGCUGCAGGAAUAUUACAAGAAGCAGCAAGAGCAGCUCCACUUGCAGCUCCUCACCCAACAGCAGGCUGGGAAGCAGCCACCCAAAGAGGCACUGGGGAACAAGCAGCUGGCCUUCCAGCAGCAGCUCCUGCAAAUGCAACAGCUGCAGCAACAGCACCUGCUCAACCUGCAGAGACAGGGGCUGGUCAGCCUGCAGCCCAACCAAGCCUCGGGGCCCCUCCAGACGCUUCCGCAAGCAGCUGUGUGCCCCACAGACCUGCCCCAGCUAUGGAAGGGCGAGGGUGCCCCUGGACAGCCCGCCGAGGACAGUGUCAAGCAGGAGGGGCUGGACCUCACUGGCACAGCCGCCACCGCUACCUCGUUUGCUGCCCCCCCCAAAGUCUCACCUCCACUCUCCCACCACACUUUGCCCAAUGGACAGCCCACUGUGCUCACACCUCGGAGAGACAGCUCCUCCCAUGAGGAGACCCCCAGUUCCCACCCCCUCUAUGGACAUGGAGAGUGCAAGUGGCCUGGCUGUGAGACCCUGUGUGAAGACCUGGGCCAGUUUAUCAAACACCUCAACACAGAGCACGCCCUGGACGACCGGAGCACGGCCCAGUGCCGGGUGCAGAUGCAGGUGGUGCAGCAGCUGGAGAUCCAGCUGGCCAAGGAGAGCGAGCGGCUGCAAGCCAUGAUGGCCCAUCUGCACAUGCGGCCCUCCGAGCCCAAGCCCUUCAGCCAGCCACUGAACCCAGCCCCCGGCUCCUCCUCAUUCUCCAAGGUGACGGUCUCUGCAGCAGACUCCUUCCCAGAUGGCCUCGUGCACCCCCCCACCUCAGCGGCUGCCCCCGUCACUCCUCUAAGGCCUCCAGGCCUGGGUUCUGCCUCCCUGCACAGCGGGGGGCCCGCCCGCAGGAGGAGCAGCGACAAGUUCUGCUCCCCCAUCUCCUCAGAGCUGGCCCAGAAUCAUGAGUUCUACAAGAACGCGGAUGUCAGGCCCCCCUUCACCUACGCCUCCCUCAUCCGCCAGGCCAUUCUGGAAACCCCCGACAGGCAGCUGACCCUGAAUGAGAUCUAUAACUGGUUCACCAGGAUGUUCGCCUAUUUCCGGAGAAACACUGCCACCUGGAAGAACGCCGUGCGGCACAACCUCAGCCUGCACAAGUGCUUUGUGCGUGUGGAGAAUGUCAAGGGCGCCGUGUGGACCGUGGACGAGCGGGAGUAUCAGAAGCGGAGACCACCAAAGAUGACGGGGAGCCCCACCCUGGUGAAGAACAUGAUCUCCGGUCUCAGUUACGGAGCACUUAAUGCCAGCUACCAGGCUGCCCUGGCCGAGAGCAGCUUCCCCAUCCUCAACAGCCCUGGCAUGCUGAACCCUGGCUCCACCAGCAGCCUGCUGCCCCUCAGCCACGACGACGUGGGUGCCCCCGGGGAGCCGCUCCCCAGCAAUGGCAGCAGCAGCCCGCCUCGCCUCUCCCCACCCCAGUACAGCCACCAGGUGCAGGUGAAAGAGGAGCCUGCGGAGGCAGAGGAAGACCGAAGGCCCGGACCCUCCCUGGGGCCCUCCAACCCCAGCACCGCAGGGCCCGCAGAAGACAGGGACCUGGAGGAGGAGCUGCCUGGAGAGGACCUCUCCUAAGGGCCUCAGGGGCAGGCAGGGCAGGGGUGAGACCCCUCCUGGAACCCAGGCCCCACCUACCCCCACUCCACAGCCCCGCCCAAACCUCAAGGCACUUCCGGGACUCAGAUGGGGGGACUGGCCAGCAACUCCCAAUGUGACCUGACUGACAGACGCUUGGGGCAGGGACAGUCCCGCCCCCAAGGGGAAACAGAACCCCUGGUCUGGGACCAGCAGAGGACAUGGGGGGGCCCAGACCCCUCUUCAAACCCUCCCCGCCACCAGCAGCAGCAGCAGGGCCCUCCUCCCCCACCAGCUCUCCCUACAGGGCCCCUCAGCGCUGUGGAGACCCGCAGGCGGGGCUAAGCCACCCCUCUCAGACCCAGGGCCCCUCGCACCUAGCUCUGGCAGUUUUUUCUAGCCAGAGGCCCCCCACUUCCCCAAUCUGUGCUCCCUCUCACCUUCUUUUCCAUACUGUGAAGAAAAAAUUCUCCACCCUUAACUCCUACCCCUGCCCUGGCCUGGGUGGGGGAACUCGAGUUUCCAACCAUCCCCGGAAGAACCCAGCCCCUCAGCUGUGCCCACGCAAAAGCCGCAGCUGGGGUCGCACGAGUUGUGUGCCCUGUGGAGUCCCUUUGGAGCAGGGGCCCCUGGCUCUAGCUCCUCCUCCUGACCUGAGGUGGGGCCCAGGUGGAACUUGGCCUCCACCCAUUUGCUGGAUGUCCCUGCAGCUGCCCCGCAGUCCAGGGAGCAUAGGAAGAGGCCCCGUGCCACCUCCCCCAGAGAGGUCCGUGCCAGGCAGGCUCCUGGAGGUGGGGCCGCGGAAGGGAGCCCAGCCACCCUUGAGGCUAGAGUUGGGGCAGAGGUGGUACCCGGACUGCCGGAAACAUCCCGCCUCUGUCGUGGGGGAAAGGCCAGAUGACACUGGGCUUGAGGAGCAGGUGGGAUUCCUUUGGUGGCUGCUGUGACCCACCAGGUCACUCCCGCCCCCAGCCUAUAGGUCCCCUAUUGCAGUCUUCCCUCCCCUUUCCUUAGCACCCCUUUCCUGCCCCCUGCCCCCAGUUAAACAGAUGACCAAAGACCUUUCUUAUGCCGGAAGCAAAAACCAAAACUUUUUGUUGGCUUUUUCCUUCGUCGCCUCCUACACCCCCUGGUCCUCCUGCUCCCUACCCCGGCCCCAGGCUGGAAGCCUUCCCUCCACUUAAGUUAUUGUUUUAAACCAAAGUUUACAGUGUCUGUUGGUGGCCAAGAUCCCUCUCUCUUCACCCCUUCUCCACCCCACCCUGAGGACCCUGGGACUCAGUCGGGGCUGGGGGCCCCGCUCACCUCCACUCUGCUCUUGCCCAGCCUGGGAGAAGGAAAGAAGGCAGGGGAAGGAGGUGGGCUGCCCUCAGCCCUGCCACCCCCGCGGGCAGUGGGCACAUGAGCCCUAGUCCCAACUCUGGGCUGCUUCCUGGGGGUUCUCCAGACCCCUCUCUAGGACCAAGUCCCCCAUCACGCUGGGAGUGUGGAUUCCAGCAAAGGAGCUGGAAAAAAGUGAGACUCUCCACAGACCCCCUAUGGGGGAUCCCGACUUGAGGCCAAGGACUGGGUGUGUUGGAUGCUCAUGACACCCUGGGCUAGGCCCCUUUGCUGAGAAGACUCCUUGGACUAUUUCCCAAGAAACCCCCACAUACGUCCCUUCACAAGCCACCCUUCCCAAGAGGCAGGGGGCCCUCCGCCCCCUCCCCUGUGUACUCCCCACCUGUGUUUUGUUUGACCAGCACAGAAAUAUUAAACGUCCUCUAUACACCG